AGAAUCGGGGAGGCGCUCAGCGCGAUGAAGCGGAGAGAAACGGCGAGCGUUCAAACUUCACUAGCCAGCUGAAAUGCAGUUUCUUAACAUAACAGUUAUAUUAAAACAUGCCGCUAGGAUACAGCUUUAAUACCCAGAAAGGUCUGUAGUUUCUGCGCUGCAUAUACCUUUGAAUUCGGAGUAAUUUCCCGUCGGCGGUUUGUACCGACCAGGCAAUGACAACGGCCCCAGCAACCCCGCAGCAGAUAAGAGACCGGCUGCUGCAGGCCAUCGAUAGCCAAAGCAAUAUCUGUAACAUGGUUGCAGUCCUUGAGGUUAUCACCAAUUUGGAGAAAUAUCCAAUUACUAAAGAAGCACUUGAGGAAACUCGCCUAGGAAAACUUAUUAAUGAUGUCAGAAAAAAGACAAAAGACGAAGACCUUGCAAAACGUGCCAAGAAACUUCUUCGGAACUGGCAGAAGCUGAUCGAACCCGGUCAGAAUGACACGCCGUCUCGAGGAGCGCAGGUCACCCCGGGCUCGACCAACGGCGGUUCUCAUCCCUGCCGGACCGACACGCCUCCAGCCGCACCCCUGCUGAGCAAGAUUGUGCCCGAACUGAAAAACAGAAACGACAUUCACAAUGCCUGCUCGCCCGCUGCGGAAAAGUCGAAAGGCCGAAAACCGAGGGGGGACCAGAGACAGAGCCCUCACCUGAUGAAUAAAAUGCACAAAACGUUUACUUAUGGGCAGAUCGCGUCCACGCCACCGACAAACGGGUUUAGCGGCAGCCCUGAGCCUUUCUCGGAAAAACAAGAUGCACCUUCUGAUCGAAACCUCGCAGAGCAUCCCGAGAACGACAAACUGAAUAAAAUCCCUGUUAAUGCUGUGAAACCUCAUCCAAGUUCACCCGGGCUUACCAAAAUCCCUAGCACUUCCUCUUUACUUAAAACGUCAGUGUUACAGCAGCAGAUCAGACUUGAAGGAAGUGAAGGUGAAAAGCAGCAACCCAGAAGCCCCCAGUACUCAUUAAGUCCACACCAUUCAACACUUGGGACCGUCGCUAAGAAGUCUUCAGCUAAUGCAUCUAAAGGGACUCUUCUGAGCCAAUCUCACGAUUCUGUCCAGGUGCCCCCUCAUUUGCCUUUAACCCCGUCAACGAAACCGUCUCGCACCGACGCAUUAUCACAUGAACUAGAGGACCCUUUUUCCUACAACAAAUCCUCAGAAAGAAACUCUCAAUCCCUGAAUAACAGUACAACACAGGGACCGUCUGAGCUGUCCAGGCACAAUUUGUCAUCCGAGGUUUCUAAGUCUGUGUCAGAAGGAGUGUCCUCCAGUAAAAAAAGGAAGAAGUACAGGUCUAGGGACUACACGGUAAAUCUGCAACCCUCCGAGGACAGGACGAAGCCCGUGCGAUUAAAAGAGCGCAGAUUAACGUUCGAUCCGGUCACGGGACAGAUCAGGCCUCUCACUCCGAAGGAAUCGCACCAGGAGGAUGAGAGUCACGAGCCGCCGGUUUUCCAACCUCCUCGGACUGAGACGAUCCAGCCGAAGCAGCCCACGACGGCUCCUAAUCCUUUCCAACAGACGAACUGGAAAGAGCUGUCCAGGAACGAGAUCAUUCAGUCGUACCUUAGCCGCCAGAGCAACGUACUCACGUCGUCCGGGGCGCAGACCCACGGGGCACACUUCUUCAUGACCGAGUAUCUAAAAGAAGAGGAGCAUUCGGGUAAGGAAGCCAGACAGGUGCACGGUCUGGUACCGAGCAGCUCCACCGCCGAACGGCCGGGUGUGAGCAGAGAGGUGACGCGCGAGGACCUUCAAAAAGUUCAUUGGUCGGGGGUCAACGGUUGCUACGACACCAAGGGAAACUGGUAUGAUUGGACGGAUUGCAUAUCUUUGGAUUGUCAUGGGGACGAGACCAAUCUAAAUAUCCUGCCAUACGUCUGCCUAGACUGAACGCAGCUCUGAAGCCUUUACGUCGUCGGCAUUGCCCUCGCUGAUUUCAGAAGUCAGACCUUUAUAUUCUGUACUGAAAUUUUCUAAAACGUGGAAUGAAAGAGGGGUGUACAGUUUUUUUUCCUGUUUGUAAUGUGCUGCUAUCAACAAUAAUUUGCAAACAAGAGUUGUAAAUAAAGGCUCGGGCCCGUUAUUGCACAAUGUGUAUAGAAGACAGAGCAAAGCACUAAGAAGUGCCCAUAGGGUUAAAAGCAAGUCAGAAACUUGUUUGGCAGUUACAAAAAAGCUUUAUGUGACAAAGAAUAAAUUAUACAUUUUAUUGUGUA